GCGAUCCACGGUCAGGAGGGUACUUUGAAAAACAAACAGAAACGCUCAAAAGUAUGUUGGGAAAAAUCGGGCCAAGGACGUACAUACAGCCCCGGUUUACCCCAGACCAUGGGUGUAAUAUCCAGCCUGACGAUUAUCGACACUUCCCUAGUCAUCAUCAGUGACAGGGUCGCAUUCGGCCCAAAUGUUUCCUUGAUAACCGUAUCACACGGCACAAGCCUGCUUUCACGACAGAAAUAUGUUGGCUGGGGACUUCCUAUUCCUAUCAGGAUUGAGGACGACUGUUGGCUUGGUGCUGGGGUUACUGUUCUACCUGGAGUGACCAUCGGGCGUGGAAGUACGAUCGAGGCAGGGUCAGUUCCAGCGAGGAUGAUUAAGAAUGUUCCGACGGUAGAGGAAGAGAGAGAGGAUCUCAAUAAUCCGUAGAGGUGGGGAUGGGCAUAAAAUAUUCUUCCAACAAGUAGUCAAAACCCAAUCAACGAACCCCAUCGAUCUUCUGGAGUAAAACGAGUCCGGAGAUGGUGGAAAACCUGAGCCCAGAUGAGAUGUCAGUGGAUGCUAUAGGACCAAUUCAUGUGAUUUAAAACUUCAAAAGUGGUCAGUACGAGCAACAGAAAGAACAGGGUCACGGAUCUGGACCGCCGCUCAAACAAACGACGUUCAGAAAUGCCUUCGAAGCAAAUGGUUCCCUGCGUCUGUUUUCUUCUGAAGUUUGAAGAUGAGAGAC